AUGCAACCUCUAAUAUCACCGAUUGAUCACGAGUCACGUACCAACUCAUACCGCGGCGAAGAUGAACCCAGAACUUCCGAGGCGACGCCACUCAUACAGCGUUUUCCAAGAAGGAACAAAGAUACCAGGCCACUAUCAGAGAACGUUCUACCGCCAGUCGAGCAGCCGGUGCUUAUGGUGAGCCGUUUCCAAUGGGAUAAGAUCAACCAGAUCCAGACAUUAGCCCAGAAACCUUCAACAAAGGCAAGUCAGGUGAUAGUCGUCGAGACAGGCACGAGGCAGUGUUACGGCACAUCGGACUGCGCUAAGCUGCUGAAUGCGAUACAGGCGACGAACACUUCAAGUAUACCGUACAACUUCAUGAUAUCGUCAGAUGGGGAGACGUUCGAAGCUCUCGGUUGGAGAAGACGGUCGCCUCUGUUUCCUCAGUACUCUGCGGAUGCCUUAGUGUUAGCUUUUAUAGGUAACUACACUCAAGAGGCUCCGAAACAGGCUCAAAUUUUGGAAGCGAAGAAUUUCCUCGCAGAAGCGUUAAGCCAGGAACGAUUGCAGUCACGUUUCGUUGUGAUCGGUAAAACGGUGAACGAAUUCCCGAAAUACCUGUUCCUUGCAUUAAGUAACUUACCACAAUGGAAUAGCGAACUGUCUGAUAUUAGCUAA